UAGUUUUUGGAAACAGCCGCAGAGUGACAGCUCUCUCUUCUUAAAACUCACAGUCUGGGCUGCGUGCAGAUAAAGUUCCUGUUUGAGAAGAAGCACACACUUUUCCUGACCCCGACUGUGGAUUAUAAACCAAAGUUUGGUGCUGGAGAAGCUUUUAUAUUCCCGGGUUUGGAUCCGAAACAUCCCGAGUCGUCGCCGUCUGUUCAGCAUUGGAAAGACCCUCAGUGUGGGAAGACAGGUGCUGGAAUGAACAGGUCCAGGUCCAGCUGGGAUAAAAAAGCCCCCCAGCCUCCAGUCACCAGGAUAACUCGCAGCUCCAGGCACACCGACCCCACAGAGACCCAGGACUCUGGCCCGGGUCCGUAUGGAAAACAACGAAAGAAGCAGACGGACUCUGCGUUGGCCCAGAACCUCAGUCAGAUGAGUGUGAGUGGACAGGACGGUCUGAGUAAAGGAAAGAUGUCCACAGGCAGCAGUGACCCUGUGCAGGCUGGUCAGUCCGGGUCCAGAUCUGAUCAGGGCAGUCCCUCAGCGGGUGCUGCCAAGUCAUCAUCCCGGGGCGGUCUGGCCUCUGUGGCUCGGCUGGUGAAGCUAGGCCGCUGUAAGAACAUAGUGGUGGUGGCCGGAGCAGGAAUCAGCACAGCCAGCGGUAUCCCAGACUUCAGAACUCCAGGAACAGGUCUUUAUGCCAAUGUGGAGAAGUACAACAUCCCUUACCCAGAAGCUAUUUUCAACAUUGACUACUUCUCCAACGACCCGCAGCCUUUCUUCUCCCUGGCCAAGGCUCUGUAUCCUGGCAGCCACCGGCCCAACUACAUACACUACUUCAUCCGCAUGCUCCAUCACAAAGGCCUGCUUCUCCGAAUGUACACCCAGAACAUUGACGGACUGGAGAAAGUUUGUGGCAUCCCAGACGACAAACUUGUGGAAGCGCACGGUAGUUUUGCCACAGCUUCCUGUCACCUGUGCUACACUGCGUACCCUGCUGAGGAGGCUAAGCACGCCAUAAUGAAUGACAACGUCCCCAUAUGCUCAUUCUGCGCCGCGACAGUCAAACCUGAUGUUGUGUUUUUUGGAGAGGACCUCCCUCAGAAGUAUUUCCUCCACACUAAAGACUUCCCCAAAGCAGACCUGCUAAUCAUUAUGGGCACGUCUUUACAGAUUGAGCCUUUUGCCAGCCUGGUGAACACGGUGCGCUCCACGGUGCCACGUCUCCUCCUGAACCGACACGCCGUGGGUCCCUUUGAGAAGGUCCCGCUGCGGAGAGGAGACCACAUGGAGCUGGGCGACCUGGAGGAGACAGUGCGGAGGUUUGCAGAAAUGCUCAGCUGGAACGAUGAGAUUGAAGAGCUGAUGAGGAGUCAGGAAAAAAUGAGCGUCCCUGCAUUGAUCAGCAGCCCUCCGUCAGUGAGCGGACAGACACUGUGCCCGGGCAGAAGAGCUCCAGAGCCUCCAGGCAGGAUGGAGACCUCGAGGUCCAGACCAGGAGCUCAAAGAGCAGCCAGCAGCGGCAGCGAGGAGACUGACUCAGAGACGGACAGCAAGAGCAACGCAUCGUCCAGCCUGAGCAACUGACACUGCAUAUGUUUCACAAACAACAGCACUGGAAAGGUUUGAGAGUUACUCACACUAAGACUGUUCUCCUGUUAACUGUGUGUGUACACGUUACCGUUCAGCUGGUUAUUUUCUGCUAGUGGCCAAAUGGUCCUCUUACCUCUUCAUCCCAGUGUGUCAUGUUCAUGUGUAAAUCAAGAAAUGACAUCAAAUGCAGUUUAAAAGCACAUUUAAAGCACUUAUUAUAGAGGGAGGGUCCAUCCAGAACACUAGUAAAUAAAUGAGUCCUGAAACAAGGGUUCUUGUUAAUGUUUUAUA